CUCAGCCCCGACUGGAAAGAUAUACAAGGGAACUGGCAGUUGCCCUCGCAGAAUCUGCGCGCGAGGUUGUCGCCUUCCCCUCCUCCCCUCGCACCCCAGUCCUCUCUCCCGCCGUUUGUCCGUUGCUCGCGCGCUCCCUCAGAGCGGUGGCUGUUCCCUCGAGCGUCCCUCGUGCGCGCUGGCGGCGACGCCUAGCUCCGAAGAGGAAAGUCGUCGCGAAAGCGGGACGAAAAGAAGCGGUUGGGCUGCCCGGGCUUCGCCGAACCCAAGAGGGCACGUCAGCUCUCCUUCGCAGACUGUUUGGGAGCGGAACGACAACUACCCUCACGACGUCUCUUUCGCGUCCCUUCGCCAUGGGGUUCCCCCUGCUGCUGGGUCUGCUGCUUUCCCGCGCCGGAGGAUUCCAAGUUAUGUCCUUUGAGCAGCCAAACAACUGUCUAACAGCUGAGACCCUUUGUCUAGCUGAGCCUUCCUGCAGUGCCACCUAUCAAAUCCUGCAAAACUGUUCCCAGCAUCUUUCUAAGAACAGUUACAUCUCUCUCUACCAUGAAGCCAAGAACAGAUGCACAGAGGCCCAAAUAAAGAUGAGACAUAGUCAUUUUCAGCACUGCAGAUGUCAUCAACGUGCACAGAAGAAGGAAGAGCGUUGCUUGCAAAUCUACCGGGCUGUUUAUUCAACUUUAACACAAGAUGACUUUCAUUUGGAGGUGCUUCCCCAUAGGGAUAUAGCAAACAAAGAAGCUAUGAAGAUAAAAUACAACAAGCUGGCAACUCGUGUCUCAGGUUCCCAUAGAACCAAAGAUAACCUAAAUUCCUGCGUGCUUGCUGCUAAUACUUGCCAAUUGGACCGCAAAUGCAUGCGUCAGCGCUCACAGUAUGCUGAGGCCUGCACUAGAGGAUACCCCUGUGACCAACGCACAUGCCACCGAAAUCUGAGACACUUCUUUGAGAAAAUUGGUGUGGAUUUCACCAAGAGGCUCCUGUUUUGUCCUUGCCAAGAUGAAGCUUGUGGGGAACGACGCCGGCAAACCAUUGUCCCACAUUGUUCUUUCCUCAGCAGCAGUAAGCCCAAUUGCCUUUUCUUGCUGGAUGCCUGCUUCAAGGAUAAUAUCUGCAGAUCUCGGCUGGCUGGUUUCCAAGAAAAAUGCAAAUCGUUACAGACAUUCACAGAUGGCUGUUCUCCACUGAAUUAUGCAGCAUGCCUGCAGGCUUACAUGAAGAUGAUUGGUACAUCUUUGACCCCCAAUUAUGUGAGCAAUUCCAGUACUGAAAUCACACUUUGGUGUUCCUGUACAAACAGUGGCAAUCAUAAAGAGGACUGUGAUCAAAUCCUUAACUUAUUUUCCAGCAAUAAGUGUCUCAAUAAUGCAAUCCAAGCUGAAAUGAAUCUUGGCCAAAAGAAUAAGGAGGUACAGGACCAGUCGCAAUUCACCCCUUCCUUAGACAUUCAAGGAGAUGGCACCAGCACAAUGUUCACUGAAAAACUGUAUCAGGAACCUGAAGUGAAAGAGGUGAAGGAAGAUUCAGAAAUUCUUACCCUCAACCAAAAAUCAGCCGAAAAUUCUGAAUAUCCCAGAGCUCAGUUUUCCUCACUCAUCUUGAUCUUAACCUUAGUCUUCUUAUUUCUUGGCCCACCUUAACCUAAUCUGAAUUUCAUUGCUACUAUUGUAUAUUUCCUUGAGAAGGGGAAACUGACUUGUUUCAUGCAGAGAGGAAGCAUUAGUCCCUGCAUAUUUGUUUAACCUUCUAUCAGCACAGUGGCCCUUUGACUCAUUUUUGUACACAGUUGCAAUAGAAAGCAGUGGGAGAUGACGGGGAGUUCAGAUUACCUCCCCGUCUUGAGAGAAAAGCAAGCAGAUAGGAGAUUCUAGGGAACUAGUUUUUAAAAUCUACAUCAGGGUAAAAUUUUUAUAUUCCAAGAUAUCCUCUUUAAGAAGACAAAGAAAAACUGGUUCACCCUUAGUCUGUUAAAUGAUGUACAAUUUCUGGCCAAAGAAAAACCCCAACAUCUGGAUUGUUUUCAGGACUAUGUUGUAGAAUAGUCUUUUUUUUUUAAUUAGCCAAGGCAAAAAUAUUAUGUUAAGGGCAUGAUACUGAACUGUAGCCUCUGUACAUGGUUUCUUGUUUGCCUAACUAAUCUUAAUGUGUUAAUUAUUCAGGGGAAAUUUAAAUCACCGAGCCAAGAUGGAUUUAUGUAUUUUUUUCAAUAAAAUGGAUCUUUCUUAGCAAUAGCUACAAAGUCCAGAUUUUCACAAGAGUUGGCACGCAAGCUAAGAUUUUCUGCACAACAGAUUCCUAGAUGCAUCAAAUGUUGCUUGCCAUAAGUUAGCAUCCCCUUACAUAUCUUCCUGUACAUUGUGUAGAAUUAAAAGUUAUCCAUGAUCUGACAAUUGUGGGUGUAGAAACUGUGAUAUUAUAUGUUGUUCUUUUAAACUGCGAUGGUAUGUUGUUAAUGCUGUUACUUAUUUACAUUACUUAUAUGGACACUGCCAUGAGAAACCUUCAAGUUUUGAAAGAACUAUCAAGUAAAUACAGUAGUUCUUCACUGCAUCUCUUUCCUUCUUAUUCUAAAGAACUGGAAUGUUGUGGCUAUGAAGUUGCCUGCCAUAUGUUCAAGGAUUAAGACUGUGCUGCAUUCCAUAGUGGUGGUUAUUCUAAAACAAAGUUGUAACACAACAUAUAAUUGUAAUAAUUGUAAUAAGUGCAUGUUGUGCACUUUUUUAUUGUGGCAUAGGUUUUGUCUUUGGAACAGUGAAGUAUGUGAAGCUUCAUUUUCAUUUACUGUAUACUUAGUAUAAAAAAAUGGAGGCCUUAUUUGCACGGAUUCCUACACCAUUCUGCAAUAACAAUGGCAUCUAUUAUGGAAAUUAUAAAAGGAAUUGUCCCCCGUUUUUAAAUUUGCAAUUAUAUUUGUAAAAAAAAAUUGGAAGCAUGGCUUAUUUUUUAAAAAAAGGCAAGAAAUAAUAAGAUCAGAAGGAAUAUAACAAUAUUAAAUCUUAACAAUUUUUUAAAACAAAUUUGACUGUUUGUAAAAUAAAACAUUAUAGACUGGAAUUAAGCAUUUGGACUUUUGUAUAAAUUCUGAAGAUGGGGAGCUACAGAAUUCAUUUAGAUAAAGUUAAUAAUUUUGCAAUACUAGGAAUAGUCUACAAUUUCCAUCAAGAAGACAUGACAAAAAUGCAAAGUAUUGGCAAGCCCUAAAAUUAAACUUUGUAAUAAGUAAAAAGGUAAAGAUAAUUUUAAAAAAAUCAUAGCAUUGUUUUCCAUGAUUGACUUUCUGCAGUUAUUACAUUGAUAAUAGAUUUACAAGAGCUAGAGUUACAACAGCGCAAUUAGAAAACUGAACAUCCAUAAUAUAAUGAAUUAAAAAGUAAACUAUAGGUUUUCAAGGGUGUGGUCCGGGUAUAGCAUCCAUAUAUAUCAACAGAACUUUGAUGAACUUUCUUUUGUUCACUUGGGCUGCACAUUUAGGCUUCUCUCUCCUUUCUCUAGAUCAGCGGUCACCAACUGGUGGUCGGUGGACCACUUGUGGUCUGCGAGAAAAUUUUGGUGGUCUGCAAAAAUUUUUUGGCAUCUUUUAUAUUGCACUAAAUCAGGGGUCCUCAACUAUGGCCCCUGGGACAGAUAUGUGCAAUGAACAUUUGUGUUGCUGCAAAGAGUCUCCUCCUUUGAGGUCUUUUUGUGUGGGUCGGAGGGGGCCAGAAAUUCCGACUCGGGGUCUGCUUUGGCCUCCUGGUGUGGGGCUUUGAGUGAAGGCUGGAGAGAAGCGCCGCUGGUGGUGAAGAGCCGGAGGGCCUUGUUCCAAUGGGACUGCCUCAUGGCCUGGAACUGACUGACCAUUUCAGCCCGCCGAGCCUCCAGGUGCUGGUACCUGGCCUUGCACUCCUGCAGGUCUUCCCUCUGCUUGGAAAGCCUCAGUGAGGUGUUUCUGCUGAGCCUCCUCGAUCAGAGUCAAUUUGAACUGAGCUGUUUUGCCAACUCUUUCUCAUGGUGGCUAUUUAGCUCCAACAACUGCUUCCUGUUGGGGCCUUAAGGAGCCUGGGCAGGCAGGCAAGGAGUGGCUGGGAGGGGAUGGGUGAGUAGAGGCUAGCUAGGCACCCCAUGACAUGAGUGACAUCGAGUUGGCCAUGACCACCCAGUCACAUGACCAACUAGCCACUCCCACCCAGCUGGUCAUUAGGCAGAUCGUAUUAGUGGUCUGUGGGAUUUAAAAUUAUGAAUUUAGUGGUCCCUGAGGUCUGAAAGGUUGGGGACUCCUGCUCUAGAUAGGAAGAGAAUGUCCCAAUCAUUCCACAGGCCUCAUACACUUCCUAUCUAUUUGGUAAGUGGGAGAACAAGAUAUUGAAAGGUGUAGUAUUAUGACUACCAAGGUCAAGGUCUAUUAACCAUGGCAACUUUUAAGUUACAUGGAUUUCAACUUCCAGAAAUUCUAAUGACUGGAGAAUUCUGGGAAUUGAAGUUCAUAGAUCUUAAAGAUGCCAUGGUUCAGGAACAUUGGCCUGGGACAUACCAGUGAACAUUUUUAGCUAAAGUAUUGUUCCUCCUCUGUUUACUUAUAUAGUUAUAAUACUUACUUCAUACUUAUUAUAUGGUUAUAUUGAUUUUAUUUCAUAUAAUAUUGAAUACAUCAGCAACUCCCAUGCCUCUCCUAAAAGGAGAAACUGGAGAACACUAGACAUUCCUAAAACGUUAUCAAAUGUCUAUAGUAUAUUGUCUAGGUCUCUUGGCAAACAUAAAAGAAGUGAGAGUAUUCUGAAUUUCUGUAAUAAAAAUUCCAAUAUCUUGUACAUGUGAUUCAGCUUAUAAUGUCAAAAAUAAAGUUUACUUUACAA